UCAGAAAACUAAAAUAAUUUUAAAAAGCAAAGUACUAUUUACACCCCACCAAGCACCAAAUCCAAGGCCCUAGUUUUAUUAUGAUUUUUUUUUUUUUUAAUCUCUCUUUAAUUAAAGCCUCCACUUCGCUUUCCAAUUCUUGAAGCAUUUCAGCUCUCUAAUGGCUGCCUCAGAAGCCAAAACAGAAGCUAAAGCAGAAGCCAAAGAAAAAGAAGUUGAAGAAACUCAGGAGCAUCUCAAGUACAAGACUUGGGUUUUGAGAGUCUCUAUUCACUGUGAAGGUUGCAGAAAGAAACUGAAGAAGAUCCUGACAAACAUUGAUGGUGUUUAUACGACAAAUAUUGAUCUGAGACAACAAAAGGUCACUGUUGUGGGGGACGUAGAUGCUGCAACUUUGAUCAGAAAGCUGGAGAAAAAGUAUGGCAAACAUGUAGAGCUAUGGCCGGAGCAGAAAGAGAAUAAGAAAGACAAAUCGAAGAACAAAGAGAAGAAUCACCAACAAGAACCGCAAAACGAUCAAGAGAGCAGUAAAGAAAACAACUCUGCGGAAAAAGAAACGGUGAAGGUUGUUGAAGGUCAAGGUCAGGGCUCUGCAAAACAGAACGAUAGCAAUGGUGGUAAAAAUAAUAAUGGUGAAGGUGCAACUGGAACGGGAACGGGCAAGUCCAGUGGACAGGGCAAUGAAGUGAAGAAUGAGGUGAAACAGGCUGUGAUGUUGCCGGUUGGUGGGCGGUCUCCGGUUGCUGAGAGGAAAGUUGAUGGAGAAAGUGAAGGUGGCCCUGAGAAAAGCGGUGGUAGUGGAGGUGGUGGUGGCAGUGAUGGUAAAAAGAAGAAAAAGAAGGGGCAUAAAGGGAAUAACAAUAAUAAUAAUGAUGCUGGCGAGGGUGAACCUUCUAGUGAAGCACCUGCAGGUAGUGGAUCACCACAUCAUGGUCCUCAUGGGCCUAGUGCUCAAAGCCCAAUUCCAUCUUCAGCCAAUUACAGCCUGCCACGCCAGCAUGUGGAUCAAUUUCGGCCACCGUAUUAUGGUCCACCUCCCGUCUAUGCUGCGAGUUACAAUACAACAUACCCAAGCACAAGCUAUGGCACUUCCUAUUAUGCCACGGCACCUACAACAACGUAUACAUACGCGUAUGUGCAUUCGGGGGUUGCAAGUGAACCUGCUCCGUCAGAUUUUGACUCUUACCCGCCACAACCGUCCGGGACGUUUGAGAUGUUUAGUGACGAAAACCCUAAUGCAUGUUCAAUUAUGUGAUGAAUUUUGAGUGAAAUGAAGCAUUUGGACAUUACCUUGUUAUAUGAAGAACUUAUACUACUUGUAUAAGUGUAACCGGGGGAUGAUGUUGACAUUUUGUAAUGUAUGUGGAUAUAAGGUAAAAUUGUAGUUCAGGUUAGGGGCAAAAAAUAAGGGAGGCUUUAGAGAUCCUUCAGGGUUUUGCUUUAGACUUUGCUGGUGUUGGUGUCCAAUUAGAGCUUUAUCGUCUUUAAUUGUUCUUUAAGGGUGGUUUUUACAUUAAAAGUUGUAGUUUUGGCCUUGUAAUGCUUAGUUGUGUCUUAGUGGAAAGUAGAUUUGGCAUAACAGGAGUUAAGUUUCUGAUUCCCUAUUGAAACUCUUCUGUUUUUAUGGUUC